ACGAAAUUAGAGUAUAUGCAUAGCCAUAGCGCUUCUGAACAAAAAUCUUCACCCAAACCGGAACCUGUCUGCUUCACCCCGCUCUUCCUACUCCCCGUAGGAAAAAGAAUAUUUAACGCAGCAGCUCCUAGUCCCCAGCGAUGUGCUCGGGACGACAGGCAGGGGCAGGCGCCGAGGGGCCGGCGCGGGGACUGUCCCGGGCUGACCCGGGCGGCCGCAGGGCGGCUUGGCCGCGGGCUCCGUCCCCUCCCGUCACCUCACUCCCGUCCCGCCCGCGCCGCCGCCCCCGGGCGGGGGAGCCGCCCGCCGCGUCCCAUAAAGGGCGGCCGCGGCCCCGGCGGCGUUCGCUGCGGAGCGGAGCCCGGGUGCUGCCUCUGGACGGCCGCUGGCCCUGGACACGCAGGCUCCUCCCGGACAAAGCCGGAUUCCCCGUCGAGUCGCUGCCAUGGCCUCCGUCCCGUCCGCCGGCUGCCUCCUGGCCAAGAACCAGUACUACAGGAACUGAACUCUGAAUCCAGCGUUUCUUCCAGCUCCUCCUGCUGUUUGGAUGCUGUGAACAUCACAGACCAGGACAAAGCGUUGCAUGGGUUACCAGAGCUAAUUGAUAAACAUUGGUGGAUAAAAAGCUUCUUCCACAGUGAGCCCUCUCCACCAACUGUUGGCAGAAAAACACUCUCAGCAAGCAGUACCAACAGUUGAAAAGGACAGUGUGAUGGCUUUUCUGACUGAGAUGCUACGUACAGACUUGUUUUUCCAAGAGGCUUGGGAUCUUCCUAAUGUCUGGAUUCAGCUGCAAGAAGAAAACAAAACCUUUAGGAGAGUGGAAAAGUGUAUUUUCAAAAUAUUUUUUCAGUAGCUAAAAUGAUAGUGCUUAAUGGACAUAUCCAUGGCCUACUGUGUUCUUUCCAGAUUUGCCAUAAUUUGUGAUGUCUCUCUAAUGAAAGCUUCCAGGAAUAAACAUCCUGAUGACUUGAGUAAUUAGAGAAAAGUGACAGAAAAAAUAAGACAUCAUAGAUUUAGGAGGAAGAUGUGUAUUGAAUGACUUUGCAAUAGGUGAUUCAGUUAAGUUGCCUUUAAGAUACCAGCUCUAUAGGCAGUCACACUGAUGUAAACAAGAUUCAGAUCUAUAUUGCAGAGUAGGACUUCUGUGUGGCACGUGUCCUUUAUCCAGUAUUUGUGUACCAGUUACAGGGUGUAAGUUUACAAGAAUGCUGGUCAACAGCUUUGCUUUUAGCAAGCCCAAUUAUAUGAACAAGCAAUAAUCAGUUUGGUUUCUUUGAUCAAACGGAGUGCAUAGAUCCCAACUUCAAAUACCCAGGUAUCACUUUCAUUCCUACCUAUAUAUGCUGGUAUUUGAGGACAGAAUAGAGGAGAUGCUCAAAAAACCAGUAAUCCUAAUGGAAACUGACCUCUUCCAGAGAGAAGAACAACCUUCAUCAGAGUUGAUACUUCUAGUUCAUUUUAGAUUUCUUCUGCCUGCUUUGUUGUGGCUUAAAGAUCUACUUGCUCCUAAGUGACUGAUUCUAUCAAUAUUCUGCUGUCUGGCAGAUUAGUUAUGAGGGCUGGAUCUGGCAAAGGAUUCCACUCAAAGUAAUCACAUUAUUGUUGUUAUCCAACUGUGCCUUUGUCAUGCUCUUGAAAGGCACUAUAACAUUGCAAUGCUGAAGACUAAAUGAAGCUAAUUAGCAUAAUUGUUUAUUCUACUGGGCAUGACUGAAAUGCUUCAAGGAUUAUGGAAAAUAACAAGUAUUUGGCUGGAUGAUAACCUUUGUGACAAGUAUCUAUGCAACUUUUUGAUGUACUGUCAUUAAACCUGCUGGAUAUUUGUCCAUCACUGGAUGAACUAACAGUAGCAAACAUUAAUGUGGGCAACAUCUUUUUAUUGUAAGCUAUUGACUGUCAUAGUUAUGCAUAACUACAAGGUGUAUCAAGUGGUUGCUUCAGGGAGUUUACAGUCUUGGUAGAGGCAAUAAAGGCAUGGCAGAUGACAACAGAAAAGAGCACAAUUCUGAAAACAUGAUUUCAAGGGUCUUUAAAUUGACUUGUGUCUUACUUUACUGCUAUUGUCUAGUUUCAUCUUUGUCUGUUCUCUAAGUAUACAGAAUGACCUUUUUUAUACUAAGAUUUUUUUUAUUAAUAAAGAUUUAAUCAG